UUGAAGGUGCGCGAUCGGAAUCAUUAUUCUCUCACAGCAGCGGAAAAACUGCGAAUUCGUUCAAUAAAUUACUUUUCUGUUCUGUGAAACUAUUUUAAAGAAAGAGACGCUCACUUUAAGAGCAUUCCAUGUGUUUGGACCAGACGGACAUUUUUGUUUAGAAGAGGUGUUUGCUGUAAUGAUGUCAACCUGUACUCCUCUUUUAUUGGCUGUCUCAUGCUGUGUGAUCGUGGUGACAUCAUCACUCAACCUCGACGACCCCAAUGUCUGCAGUCACUGGGAGAGUUACUCUGUCACCGUGCAGGAGUCGUACAUGCACCCAUUUGAUCAGGUCUUCUACACCAGCUGUGCAGACAUCCUCAACUGGUUUAAAUGCACUCAACACAGGGUGAGCUACAGGAUGGCGUACCGCAGGGGUGAGAAGACGAUGCAUCGACGCAAGUCUCAGUGCUGCUCGGGAUUCUACGAGAGCAGAGACAUAUGUGUCCCUCACUGUGCUGAGAAAUGUGUCAAUGGCCGCUGCAUGGCCCCCAACACCUGUCAUUGUGAGCCGGGCUGGGGCGGAGCCGACUGCUCCAGUGCGUGUGACAGCAGCCACUGGGGUCCUCACUGCAGUAACCGCUGUCAGUGUCAGAACGGCGCGCUGUGUAAUCCCAUCACUGGAGCAUGCAUCUGUGCAUCCGGGUACCGCGGAUGGCGCUGCGAGCAGCUCUGUGAUCACGGCACCUACGGUAACAACUGCCAACAGACGUGCCAGUGCCAGAACAAUGCCACAUGUCACCACAUCACAGGGGAGUGUGUGUGCAGCCCAGGUUACACGGGAGCAUUCUGUGAGGAUCUGUGUCCUCCAGGUAAACAUGGGCUUCAGUGUGAGGAACGCUGCCCGUGUCAGAAAGGCGGUGUGUGUCAUCAUGUGACGGGAGAGUGUUCAUGUCCUGCCGGCUGGAUGGGGACAGUGUGUGGUCAGCCGUGUCCUGCAGGGCGUUUUGGUAAAAACUGUUCACAGGAGUGUCAGUGUCAUAAUGGAGGAAGCUGCUCGCCAUCCACUGGACACUGUGUUUGCACUGCAGGAUACACUGGAGACAGGUGUCAGGAUCAGUGUCUGGUGGGCACGUAUGGUGUGGGCUGCAGUCAGUCGUGUCACUGUGUGAAUGGAGCGCAGUGUUAUCACAUAAGCGGCGAGUGUCUGUGUGAGGCGGGUUACACCGGCGAGAGCUGCGAGCAGCGCGUCUGUCCUGACGGACUGUAUGGACUCAAGUGUGACAGGAAGUGCCCGUGUCACGCCAGUAACACACGCAGCUGUCAGCCUAUGUCGGGCGAGUGUUCAUGUGAGUCGGGCUGGUCUGGUUUGUACUGUAAUGAGACGUGUGCUCCUGGUUUCCAUGGUGAGGCAUGUCAGGAGGUGUGUCGCUGUCAGAACGGUGCCGACUGUCACAGUGUAACGGGGGAGUGUGUCUGUGCGCCGGGAUUCAAGGGCACAGACUGCUCGUCGUCCUGCCCCGCCGGCACGUAUGGCAGCAACUGCACUUCUGUGUGCUCCUGUAAGAACGCAGCCGUCUGCUCACCCAUAGAUGGAUCAUGCUCCUGUCAAGCAGGUUGGCAUGGGGUGGAUUGCUCUAUUAACUGCCCCAGUGGCACGUGGGGUUUAAGCUGUAACCUGACGUGUAUGUGUGGUAACGGCGGUGCUUGUAGCGCUCUGGACGGCAGGUGUACAUGUACUGCAGGCUGGAGAGGAGACCGCUGUCACCUGCACUGUCAGGAUGGUACGUAUGGAUUGGACUGUCGUGAGCGCUGUGACUGCAGUCAUGCAGAUGGUUGUCACCCGGAAACCGGACACUGCCGCUGUCUGACGGGCUGGACAGGCAUUCAUUGUGACAGUGUGUGUGCUGAGGGCCGCUGGGGGCCCAACUGCUCUCUGUCCUGUAACUGUAUGAACGGAGCAUCGUGUUCACCUGACGAGGGCGCGUGUGAGUGUGCACCUGGAUUCAGAGGAAACACCUGUCAGCGCAUUUGUUCUCCGGGUUUCUUUGGUCAUCGCUGUAGUCAGGCGUGUCCUCAGUGUGUCCAUAGCAACGGUCCCUGUCACCAUGUGAUCGGCCAGUGUGACUGUCUACCGGGGUUUAAAGGGGUGCUCUGCAACGAAGUGUGUCCUAGCGGCAGGUUUGGGAAGAAUUGUGCGUGGAGCUGCAGCUGCACUAAUAACGGCACAUGCAGCCCCAUUGAUGGCUCGUGUCAGUGUUACCCCGGCUGGAUCGGCAGUGACUGCUCACAGCCGUGUCCUCCUGGUCAGUGGGGUCCAAACUGCAUCCAUACGUGUAACUGUCACAACGGAGCGUUUUGCAGCGCGUAUGAUGGCGAGUGCAAGUGUACCGCCGGUUGGACGGGUCUGUACUGCACACAACGCUGUCCGUUGGGUUUCUACGGUAAAGACUGCCUUCAGGCAUGUAAGUGUAAGAACGGCGCUGACUGUGAUCAUAUCUCCGGUCGGUGCACGUGUCGCACCGGCUUCAUGGGACGACAAUGCGAACAGAAAUGUCCCGCCAGCUCAUACGGUUACGGCUGUCGUCAAGUGUGUGAUUGUCUUAAUAACUCCACCUGUGAUCACAUGACUGGCACCUGUUACUGUAACCCCGGCUGGAAAGGCACUCGCUGUGAUCAGGCAGGUGUGAUCAUUGUAGGUAAUCUGAACAGUCUGACGAGCGCUGCUCAUCCUAUGGACUCGUAUCAGAUUGGAGCAAUCUCUGGUAUCAUCGUGCUGGUGCUGCUCGUGCUCAUCCUCCUCCUCCUCUUUAUCAUUUACCGUAAGAAACAGAAAGGCAAAGAAUCCACCAUGCCCGCGGUCACCUACACGCCCACCAUGAGAGCCAAUGCCGACUACGCCAUCACAGAGUCACUGCCGCAGACUAAUGACGUCCUUCCCAACAGUAACUAUUUCUCCAACCCCAGUUAUCACACAUUGACCCAGUGCACCAGCCCAACUCACGUCAACAACCUGCCCUAUGGAAAGCCGAAGAAUAACCAGUUUUUUGUGAACCAGAAGAACGCUGAGCCAAGAAAACGGCUUUCAUUGCUGGAUCACACAGGAACUCUACCGGCUGACUGGAAACAGGGCGGAUCUUUCAAUGAGCUCGGAGCAUAUGGUGUUGACAGGCCUUACAUGGGAAAAUCACUUCGAGACCUCGUGAAGAAUGUGCCCUAUCACGCCAGUUCCUGCUCUCUCAAUAGUUCAGAGAACCCGUAUGCCACAAUCAAAGACCCUCCUCUGCUGCUGGCCAAGAGCUCUGAGUGCGGUUACAUGGAGAUGAAGUCUCCCGCUCACAGAGACUCACCGUAUGCUGAGAUACAUGGCUCGAAUCCUGCCAACAAAAACGUCUAUGAAGUUGAGCCGACCAUCAGUUCUGUCCACACACUCUCUAACAACAACUACAAUGGACCAUUUUGUCAAGAUCCAUAUGACCUACCAAAGAACAGCCACAUUCCAUGUCAUUAUGACCUACUGCCCACGAAAGACAGCACCCCCUCGCCCCAUGAGGACAUGGACAGAAAAUAAUUAAAGGACCAUUAAAGGACCAUAAACCUGUGACAUGAUCCUCUGAUACAUGUCUUCAGAGCACUAUAUUAAUUGUUUUAAUGCUGUUUAGUCAUUCAUUGUUAUAAUCAUUCCUAAUUUCUUCUGAAUUACAAACAUUGAAAUGUUUGAAAAGCUAUAUACAAAACAAGUUUACUUAGACUUAUACAGACUCUGGGGGAAUACAAGGGCGAGUCUUUUGGUGGAUGAGACAAACAUUCAUAUUUACAGCAUUAACUAGAUUCAUUUGAACAAAAGCAAAUCAUUCCAUUCUUCAGCACAUCACACAAAUACAGAACAAUCCUCAGCAUUUCUGUAACAAAGUGUUUAUUCCAUAUUAGGCAAAUCUGUUCUUUUCACUCUGUAUUUCAGGAUUAAGGAUAAUAGCACUAUUUAUUGAGACCGACUCUGAACUGUUGGCUCAAUGUUUCUGUUAUUGAAAAUGUUCUUUUUUUUGUCCGAAAGCAUUUCAGGUUUACCAAAGAUUGAUGUGCUGUGAUAAAGCACCAUUUGUAUUGUAUUUAUAUUGACAGCUGUCCAUCGAGAAGAGAUUACUCACCUUUUCUAAAAUCAACAUUUUUUAUUAGAUUUUUUGGCUUGUACUGUUUGAAUUUAGUCCUAUAUAAACUCUUAAUGAUCACUGAACUGAAGAUCAAAUACUUUGUAACUUGUAGUUAGUGAGCUGAAGCUGGACUUUUGCGAAGAAAUCUGUAAGGUCAUGUGACAUGAGGUCAGUUGGUUAUGGAUAAGAGUGUUUAGGAUGUACAUUCGUGUGUUAAAAAGUCAUAUGUAAGUCUUAAAGCACUCGGAGCCUUUAGAAGAACUUUGUGUAAAUCUGUACAUAGUGCCAACUCUUGUAUGAAUUGCAAGUAUUUUCUUUGAAAAUUCCUCUGUAACUUGACCUGUACUUUUUAAAGCAGGACCUUUACUGACUAAACUCAUUGUACUGUUUUCCUUUGAAAUUUUGUAUUUUUACUUUACUAAAUAUGCCACAAUAAGAAGUGGUUAAUAAUACUAGUUCCAAAAGGCAAGUUCAGACUUGGAACCACAGCAGAAUACGCGUGUAUGUUUGUAUCUUGCUAACUGUAUCAUUUGUUUUGUGAUUUUUUUUAAAGAAAUAAAUGAAGUUGCACAGUUGUUGUUAUUUCCCUUCCCAAAGAGCUCCAAGACAAUUAACCUAUAUUUGUACACUGCAACCAUGUUUUUUUCACAUCCUUUGAAUGUUGUAUUUCACUUCUUUCUUUCUUUUUUAGCUGAAAUAUACUGUAUAUGCAAUUGUGCUUUACAAUAAAUGAUAACAAAUGUGUCA